AUGCUUCCGUACGUUUUGUAUGUCGCAGGCAUUUUGAUUUUCAAUUUUUAUCUUUCUGUCCAUUCUCGGUACUUUCUCUUCCUUGAUUGUCUGUAUAAACCGGAAGAGUUGUCUCCUCCUUUGACUGGCCGCCUUGACUAUUGUGACCCAGUUGUGAUCUUUGUGGUCCGUUUUGGCACAGUCAGUGCAAAUGAAUUCAUCACAGUCGGUACAAAUGAAUUCAAUACAGUCAGUACAAAUGAAUUCAUCACAGUCCUUACAAAUGAAUUCAUCACAGUCGGUAUAAAUGAAUUCAUCACAGUCGGUAAAAAUGAAUUCAUCACAGUCGGUACAAAUGAAUUCAUCACAGUCGGCACAAAUGAAUUCAUCACAGUCGGUACAAAUGAAUUCAUCACAGUCGGUAAAAAUGAAUUCAUCACAGUCGGUACAAAUGAAUUCAUGACAGUCAGUACAAAUGAAUUUAUCACAGUCGGUACAAAUGAAUUCUUCACAGUCAGUACAAAUGAAUUCAUCACAGUCGGUAAAAAUGAAUUCAUCACAGUCGGUACAAAUGAAUUCAUCACAGUCGGUGCAAAUGAAUUCAUCGCAGUCGGUGCAAAUGAAUUCAUCACAGUCGGUGCAAAUGAGUUCAUCACAGUCAGUGCAAAUGAAUUCAUCACAGUCGGUGCAAAUGAAUUCAUGACAGUCGGUACAAAUGAAUUCAUCACCGUCGGUAAAAAUGAAUUCAUCACAGUCGGUAAAAAUGAAUUCAUGACAGUCAGUACAAAUGAAUUCAUGACAGUCAGUACAAAUGAAUUCAUCACAGUCGGUACAAAUGAAUUCAUCACAGUCGGUACAAAUGAAUUCAUCACAGUCAGUGCAAAUGAAUUCAUGACAGUCAGUACAAAUGAAUUCAUGACAGUCAGUACAAAUGAAUGCAUCACAGUCAGUACAAAUGAAUUCAUGACAGUCAGUACAAAUGAAUUCAUGACAGUCAUUACAAAUGAAUUCAUGACAGUCAGUACAAAUGAAUUUAUCACAGUCAGUACAAAUGAAUUCAUCACAGUCAGUACAAAUGAAUUCAUCACAGUCGGUAAAAAUAAAUUCAUGACAGUCAGUACAAAUGAAUUUAUCACAGUCGGUACAAAUGAAUUCAUCACAGUCGGUGCAAAUGAAUUCAUCGCAGUCGGUGCAAAUGAAUUCAUCACAGUCGGUGCAAAUGAGUUCAUCACAGUCAGUGCAAAUGAAUUCAUCACAGUCGGUGCAAAUGAAUUCAUCACAGUCGGUACAAAUGAAUUCAUGACAGUCAGUACAAAUGAAUUCAUGACAGUCAGUACAAAUGAAUUCAUGACAGUCGGUAAAAAUGAAUUCAUCACAGUCAGUACAAAUGAAUUCAUCACAGUCGGUACAAAUGAAUUCAUCACAGUCAGUACAAAUGAAUUCAUGACAGUCAGUACAAAUGAAUUCAUCACAGUCAGUGCAAAUGAAUUCAUCACAGUCAGUACAAAUGAAUUCAUGACAGUCUGUACAAAUGAAUUCAUCACAGUCGGUAUAAAUGAAUUCAUGACAGUCGGUACAAAUGAAUUCAUCACAGUCGGUACAAAUGAAUUCAUCACAGUCGGUACAAAUGAAUUCAUCACAGUCCUCACAGAAAAUACCAAUAAGUUCACUAUGUUUGUCACACAUCGGUAG